AUAAAUCACAUUUGGAUAUAUUUUCGAAUCGCCCCCAACCGAAAAAGAAACGCAAAUCUCGCACAGCUUUCACCAAUCAUCAGAUAUUCGAAUUGGAAAAACGUUUUCUCUAUCAAAAGUACCUGUCACCGGCCGAUCGUGAUGAGAUUGCCGCUGCGCUGGGCCUAUCCAAUGCACAGGUGAUCACUUGGUUUCAAAAUCGGCGAGCAAAGCAAAAACGUGAUAUUGAAGAGUUGAAGAAGGACUUCGACAGCGUGAAGGUAUUCUCUGCGCAUAAAUCCUUUUUGGAGAAUGUGAACGAUCUCAGCAUAUUGAAGAAGAAGCCCAUGCAUGAGGCGGACGCAAUGGCCGGCCUCGCUGCGGCCGCGGCAGCCGGUAUGGUGCCGGUUUCGUCAGCCGCCGCUGCAGCCGUUGCCGCACAGGCUGCAUUAAAUACACAAAAAUGAAUUAGUGGGCGCACAUAGCGCUAUAAACACACAUUUUCACACAAACAACUGCGUGAGAGGAAGAGAA